AUGGAGAUCCAGAUGGACGAGGGCGGCGGCGUGGUGGUGUACCAGGACGACUACUGCUCGGGCUCGGUGAUGUCGGAGCGCGUGUCGGGCCUGGCGGGCUCCAUCUACCGCGAGUUCGAGCGCCUCAUCCACUGCUACGACGAGGAGGUGGUCAAGGAGCUGAUGCCGCUCGUGGUGAACGUGCUGGAGAACCUGGACUCGGUGCUCAGCGAGAACCAGGAGCACGAGGUGGAACUGGAGCUGCUGCGCGAGGACAACGAGCAGCUGCUCACCCAGUACGAGCGCGAGAAGGCGCUGCGUAAGCAGGCCGAGGAGAAGUUCAUUGAGUUUGAAGAUGCCUUGGAACAAGAGAAGAAGGAGCUGCAAGUCCAGGUGGAGCGCUAUGAGAUCCAGACACGCCAGCUGGAGCUGAAGGCCAGGAACUAUGCCGACCAGAUUUCCCGGCUGGAGGAGCGCGAGUCAGAAAUGAAGAAAGAAUACAACGCGUUGCACCAGCGGCACACAGAGAUGAUACAGACAUACGUGGAACACAUCGAGAGAGCCAAGCUGCAGCAGGUCGGCACCAACGGCCAGACGGAGGGCGGCCUGCCCGGGAGGAGGAAGGAGCGCCCCACCUCUCUGAACGUCUUCCCCCUGGCCGAUGGCAUGGUACGUGCACAGAUGGGGGGCAAGCUGACGCCUGCAGCGGACCACUGGCGCCCGAGUGACCGCGGCCAGCUGCCGGCCAGCUCCACCUACCAGUGUCCCCACGACGAGAUGUCUGAGUCGGGUCAGUCCUCAGCGGCCGCCACACCCAGCACUACUGGCACCAAGUCCAACACACCCACAUCCUCAGUGCCCUCAGCCACGGUCACACCCCUCAAUGAGACCCUGCAGCCUCUGGGGGACCAUGGCAACAGCAAGAGUGGCAAGCAGGCCCGUGAGAAACGCAACAGCCGCAACAUGGAGGUGCAGGUCACGCAGGAGAUGCGUAAUGUCAGCAUAGGUAUGGGCAGCAGUGAUGAGUGGUCUGAUGUCCAGGACACCAUCGACUCCACCCCGGAGCUGGACAUGUGUCAGGAGCCACGCCUGGACCGCACUGGUAACAGCCCCACCCAGGGCAUCGUGAACAAGGCUUUCGGCAUCAACACUGACUCCCUGUACCAUGAGCUGUCAACCGCUGGGUCAGAGGUCAUCGGGGACGUGGAUGAGGGGGCCGACCUGCUAGGUGAGAGCAAGGGCAUGGGCAAGGAGGUGGGCAAUCUGCUGCUGGAGAACUCGCAGCUGCUGGAGACCAAGAACGCGCUGAACGUGGUGAAAAAUGACCUCAUCGCCAAGGUCGACCAGCUGUCCGGGGAGCAAGAGGUGCUCAAGGGGGAGCUAGAGGCCGCCCGGCAGGCCAAGAGCAAGCUGGAGACGCGCAUCAGAGAGCUGGAGGAGGAGCUGCGGCGAGUGAAGUCUGAGGCCAUCACUGCUCGGCGUGAGCCCAAAGAAGAGACAGAGGAUGUCAGCAGCUGCCUCUGUACAGAACUGGACAACAUCCCCAUGGCCCAGCGGCGCCGCUUCACGCGGGUGGAGAUGGCCCGCGUGCUCAUGGAGCGCAACCAGUACAAGGAGAGACUGAUGGAGCUGCAGGAGGCCGUGAGGUGGACGGAGAUGAUCAGGGCGUCCCGGGAGCACCCGUCGGUGCAGGAGAAGAAGAAGUCCACCAUCUGGCAGUUCUUCAGCCGGCUCUUCAGCUCGUCGUCCAGCCCGCCGCCCGCCAAGCGCGCCUACCCGUCGGUGAACAUCCACUACAGGUCGCCCACCGCGGCGGGCUUCAGCCAGCGCCGCGGCCACGCCGUGUGUCACAUGGCCGCCGGCAGCCGCCCGCUGGAGUUCUUCCCCGACGACGACUGUACGUCAUCGGCGCGGCGGGAGCAGAAGCGUGAGCAGUACCGCCAGGUGCGGGAGCACGUGCGCAACGACGACGGGCGUCUGCAGGCCUGCGGCUGGAGCCUGCCAGCCAAGUACAGGCAGCUGAGCCCCAAUGGGGGCCAGGAGGACACACGUAUGAAGAACGUGCCAGUGCCCGUGUACUGCCGCCCCCUGGUGGAGAAGGACCCGACCAUGAAGCUGUGGUGCGCUGCAGGCGUCAACCUGUGCGGCUGGAGGCCAAACGAGGAGGAUCCAGGCAACGGGAUCAAGCCAGUGCCUGGCCGCGACCCCCUGACCUGCGACCGUGAGGUGGAAGGAGAGACUAACAGCAGCCACACGUCUCCGGAGAAGAAAAAGGCAAAAGAACUGCAUGACAUGGACGCCACCUCCAGCCGCGUCUGGAUUCUCACCAGCACGCUGACCACCAGCAAGGUGGUGAUCAUCGAUGCCAACCAGCCGGGCACCGUGGUGGACCAGUUCACCGUCUGCAACGCUCACGUGCUGUGCAUCUCCAGCAUCCCUGCGGCCAGUGACAGCGAUUACCCGCCAGGCGAGAUCUUCCUGGACGCUGACAUGAACCCCGAGGAGCCUGGCGCUGAUGGGGUGCUGGCUGGCAUCACACUUGUGGGCUGUGCCACCCGCUGCAACGUACCCCGCAGCAACUGCUCCUCCCGAGGGGACACUCCAGUGCUGGACAAGGGGCAGGGAGAGGUGGCUGCUGUUGGCAACGGGCAGUCCACAGAGGAGGCCACGGAAGCUACCGAGGUGCCCGAGCCCGGACCCAGCGAGCCCGAGGCAGCCGCGGUGCGGCCUGGGCCCCUCACGGAACACGUCUUCACUGACCCGGCCCCCACACCACCCCCCAGCACUCGGCCUGACAGUGAGGAUGGGGCUGAAGCCCAGAUCAGCGGAGCGGAGCCAGAGCCCGAGCCCAGCGUGGAUCCUGCCGGGGCCAGCAGCAGUGCUGGGCCUACCAUGUGGCUGGGAGCCCAGAAUGGCUGGCUGUACGUGCACUCGGCCCUGGCUAACUGGAAGAAGUGCCUGCAUUCCAUUAAGCUGAAGGACUCCGUGCUGAGCCUAGUGCACGUGAAAGGCCGCGUGCUGGUGGCCCUGGCCGAUGGGACCCUGGCUGUCUUCCACCGCGGAGAAGAUGGCCAGUGGGACCUCAGCAACUACCACCUGAUGGACCUGGGCCACCCCCACCACUCCAUCCGCUGCAUGGCUGUCGUGUACGACCGCGUCUGGUGCGGCUACAAGAACAAGGUGCAUGUCAUCCAGCCCAAAACCAUGCAGAUCGAGAAGUCGUUCGACGCCCACCCGCGCAGGGAGAGCCAGGUGCGGCAGCUGGCAUGGAUCGGUGACGGGGUGUGGGUGUCCAUCCGCCUGGACUCUACCCUGCGGCUCUACCACGCACACACGCAUCAGCACCUGCAGGAUGUAGACAUCGAGCCCUACGUCAGCAAGAUGUUAGGCACUGGCAAGUUGGGCUUCUCAUUCGUGCGCAUCACAGCCCUACUCAUUGCUGGCAACCGCCUCUGGGUGGGCACUGGCAAUGGUGUGGUCAUCUCCAUCCCGCUGACGGAGACCGUGGUCUUGCACCGAGGCCAGCUCCUAGGGCUCCGAGCCAACAAGACGUCCCCCACGUCUGGGGAGGGAGCCCGCCCAGGGGGCGUCAUCCACGUAUACGGUGACGACAGCAGUGACAAGUCGGCCAGCAGCUUCAUCCCCUACUGCUCCAUGGCACAGGCCCAGCUCUGCUUCCACGGGCACCGGGACGCCGUGAAGUUCUUCGUCUCUGUGCCAGGGAAUGUGUUGGCCACCCUCAACGGCAGCGUGCUUGACAGCCCGUCUGAGAGCCCCGGGGCCCCAGCCGCUGCCACGGAUGCCACCGAGGGCCAGCUGAAGAACGUGCUGGUGCUCAGCGGCGGGGAGGGCUACAUCGACUUCCGCAUUGGUGACGGCGAGGACGACGAUACUGAGGAAGGCGGGGGGGACGUGAGUCAGGUGAAGCCCGUGCUGUCCAAGGCCGAGCGCAGCCACAUCAUCGUGUGGCAGGUGUCCUACACCCCUGAGUGA